AUGGCAGAGAUAAGUGUAGGCUGUAGCAUUAUGGUGAACGUUCAGAAAGUUAAUGUACUGAAUCUGCUCCACUCAAAGAGUAUUUCUGCAAAUUACUGUCUGAGAAUUAUGAAAUCCCAAGGAUUUGAUCUUGAAGCGGAGCCCUCCGUAGAGAAUGAUUCUGAUGUUAGUAGCCAAGUUGCUUCCAACAUAUCAAUCCAAGAUAGGCUUACUGACUUCAAGCAUGAAUUGGAUCCGGCAAACAUUCAAUUGAAUUCACAAUCCACCUCCCUCGACUUAUCUCUCAACUUCAGAUCAAACAAGAAUCAGUUAGACUAUAACAAAUCCAUGGGAUUUCUGAUAUCUAGCACAAGUGAGAGUUGUAAUGAACCCGCAAUCCUAACCAGAGAAGUGUUCCCUCCACGAGCCUUUUCCUGCAAUUUCUGUCAACGAAAGUUUUUCAGUUCACAGGCACUUGGGGGCCAUCAGAAUGCCCAUAAGCGAGAAAGGACACUGGCAAAAAGGGCUACACAAAUGGGCAUUUUUCCUGAGAGGUUUACUAGUGUGGCAUCUCUGCCUUUGCACGGUUCCCUAUCCCGAUGUCUAGGAAUAAAAGAGCAUGCUUCAGUGCAUCAGGGCUUUGUGCCACCAAUGAGGCCAUUUGAAUUUAGAGCCAGCACAAGAUUUGAAGAUGGCUACACGAGUCAGCCCAUAUACGUGGAGGAUGACAAUUCAAAACUGCUAUGGCCUGGUAGUUUUCAUCAGGUAUCUACCGAAAAUAUUUCUCAUCCACUAUUUGUACAGGUUGGAUCUUCAAAUGGAAAUUUUGUCGAGACUAAUGCUUCUCUGGAUAGAGAUGAAUCUACACUAGAUCUCACACUCCGACUCUGA